AUAUAUCAAAAGUCAAAACUAAAUAACCUGUAUUUGUAUUCCUAAUAUAAAUAAACAUCUGUACUACUUUGAUAAUUCUUACAGUUCUGUUUUCUUUUAGAAAUGGCCCUUGUUGCUUAUGAUUAUGGAAGCGAAAGCGAAGAAGAAGAGGAUGAAAUUCAAAUCAAACAAAAUUGCGAAAAUGGUUUGGUGAAAGUAGAUGGAGACGGGAGUGCUGUGAAGGAACAAAAUAAAAAGUCAUAUGGAGACUCGAAGGAUACAAACAGCCCUACACUGUCGUCAGAAAUAUCUGUUGAAGAAAAUCCCACUGCAGUUUCAGUCAGUUAUGUUUCUAGCAUGUUUCAAAAAUUACCGGAAAUAAUAAAAGUUUCACCUGAUAAUAUAAAGGACAAUUAUGAAGAUGUAGUUGAAGAUUAUAUACCUAAGGCUAAAGUACCAAAAAAAGAGAAGACUAUAGUAAAAAUUACUAUUCCUUCUCUUUCUGCUUUUGAAGAUAUAGAAGAGCAAGAACCUGCUUCAAAAAAGUUCAAGAAAUCAUCCAAAUCUACAAGUCUUCUAUCUCUUCUUCCACCCAUAAAAUGUAUUCCUAUAUCAAACAAGAGUUUUGUGCCCAAUGUUUUGACGCAGAAGAACAAAACCAAAAAUGUGCAAAACAAUAAACCAAGUAAACCCCUUAUACCUACUAGUGUCAGAAAGAAAAAGGAGAAUGAGGGUAAAACUAAAGAAAAUGAAAGCGAUGACAGUGAUAUCGAGAUGCCAGAAACGUAUGAUGAUGAGUUAUGGCAAAAAGUAUGUGGUAAAAAAGUUGUUAAAGAUAUAAUUAUUGAAGAACCUCCUGUAAUUGAUGAGCCAAAAGUAGAGUUAGCUCCAGAUAUAGUUGCUCCUUACCAAGGUUUAGAUAAUGCAGCUUUCAAAGAGCUUGUUGGAAAAAAGAGUAGAAUGCCUCGAAAUAUAAAACUCAUCGAUGUAAAUGAAGAAGAACUGGUCGCAGAAAAAGAUUUAUGGAUGACAAAAUCUCUUACUGAUCCUGAAUAUGUACCAAAACCAGCAGAAGAUGAUCCAUCAGAUCCAACAAAAAAGAAGAAACAUCAUAUCACUUAUCUUGCACAUAAGGCAAAAGCUAAUGAACAAGAAUUGCAAAGUCAAUGGGCAACAAGUAAACACAACCGAAUGCAGUCUAGAGCCAAAUAUGGUUUUUAAUCAUAUGGAAUUUCAUAUUACAUUGGUUAAAAUUUUGUUUUUAUGAACUAUUGAAGAAAAUUGAACAAUCUAAUCGAUAUAAACUGUAAAUAGUAUAUAGUUCAAAAAGGGUUGAAAAGUUAGAUUGCAUUGAGAAUUUCAAAUUGAGAGAAUUGAUAACAUAUUAUUUUUUUUUGAAUAACUUGAUUUCUUAAAUAAAUCAAUUCUUUUUAUUUGAAGAAUGUACUGUCCUCAAUUCAAAUAUCGUUUCUCAUGCAUUGACAUAAAUCAACUAUACAUACAAUAAAAUAAACAUAAAAAUUUUUAAUUUAUACUGAUAUUAAGUCAUCGUUUUAAAUCCAAACACAGGUAUAAACAUUAUUAUACAUACAUAUAUGUAUAAUUUAAUUUGGAUUUUUCUGUUAGUUUAACUGAGAUGAAUAUAGUGCAUUUUUGUUCAAUGUACUUCAUUAUACUUGUAUAGAUCAUUGUCCUUCAUCCUGUUUUGUAUUUUUUCGAUAAUAUACCUAUUUGAUUUUUA